AUGCGUCUCCAACUCACGAUCCUCCGCCAUGGUCUUCCAGCGACCCGAAUUCUCUGGACCGUUGGCUCUGACCGUCCUCUCAACGCGACAUACGGCAACGAAGGAUGUACGAUUGCUCAGUUGCUAGAAGAAGUCAACGAGGUCGUGCCAUUGGAGACUUCCGUCGACGCAGUUGGCGAGAAUGAAGACACAGGCGGUCAGUGGGGAUUAGAGGAUUAUGUUGUCGAGGUUAAUGGAUUCGAGUGCUUGCAUUUUCUGUCUGUGGAUGCGUUGUUGAGGGAGGGCGAUGAGGUUGUGAUUCGCGCACUUGGUGUUGGAGACAUACGCGCAAGAAGACUCUCCGGCCGUCUGCAAGUUUCGACAGAUGGGAGACGAUUGAUCGAUGGCGUUUCAUUUGGUAGACCUUAUCUUCAAAGAUCGUUUUCGUCCAGACCGCCGAUUCGAAUUCCGCCACGAAAGAGACGUCGUACGACACUAGGAUGGACCGGAAACCUCGAGGACGAGCAGACAGAUACCCAACUGGCGCUAUAUGACGAUGCCUCAGUAAUGGUCUCCGAGUCCGGCACUGUUAUCAGACACCCGCGAACACUUUUUGAAAAUGAUGGCGAUGGAGACCAUGACGAAGACGAAAGCGACAUGGAUUAUGAGGAAGACCCCGAGGAGCUGGCGGAAGAGCUCAAGUCGUUGAGAGACGAAGCACAUACCGACGUUCCAUUCUUCGAUACUCCCGAUUUCAAGCGUUUCCGUGCAGGGCGCCUGUCGCGAAUGGCGCAUCGGGGUCCUUUGCCAAGCAGCAGCCCAGCUCGCCCAUCAGUUGUAUCAACACCACGUACGAAUCUUACCAAAGGUGUCGAUGGAGAAGCUUCGGUCAAGUCGACCAAGAGUGUUCAUUUCGAGGCCGACAUUUCGAAUUUCGAGAGUCAGUUGUCCGACAGCGUGUCUGAUACAGACGAGGAUGUGGAGUUAGAAGCCUCCAGUGACACCGAUGACAGCAGCGCAGAGUCAAGCGACGAGGACUUUUCAGCUGAGGAAUCUGAUCUCGACGACUCCUCGGCGUCCGAGGAUUCGGAUCUGGAGUCCGACUCUGAGUCGGAAGAAGAAGAUCUUCCACGAAAGAAAAUGUCCAAAGCCAUUGACGUGUUCACUCCUCCAGGCGAAGGCAACAGAAAAACCAGAAAUAGCAACCGGCGCAAGAAGCUUCGAUCUCGACUAGCUAAAUUGAAAAGCCUAGGGGAACUCCCCCCAGAAGCCAAUUUUGACGAUCUGAAAAAAUGGCAGGCGGRGAAUGGCAAAGCGCCUCUGACGGAGGUCAUAGAUCUUGGAGGAAAGCGUGAGGCUAGAACGAAAGAGCAGUCAGAAAUCGAGAUCAGGAGACAGCAGUUGCUCCGAGAUUUGGCGUCUGGUGGAGUCGACGUUGACGGCCAUUCUGAGAAAGAAAACAUUCCGCCACGUUACAGAAAUGGGAAGCAGAAGGAUAUACAGGAAUCGCCAGAAAAGAUCAAUGGUAGUCCGGCUACUACUGUCACAUUGGAGGCAGUGGCCGAGACCACUGACGAGCUAGAGAAAACGAGUCCGACUGACCUCAAGAGACGGAAGCUUGACCUUUCGAGCACCAAACGCCUUCUUUUCGGAUCCCUAGGUGUUCGAACUCCUAAAACCAAAGAGGAUGAAGAGGCGCUGCGUAAAAAGCUGGAUGUCUCACGCACUAAGCCUGUUGCGCCGGAGAAAACCACAGAACUUACCCAGGCUGAGACUGAGAAAGAGGUUGACGAGAAUUGGCAAGAGAAGAUCGUUCUUAGUGCAACGGAAUGUUUUUACGAUGAUAUCGAACUCACAGCUCCUCCAUUUCCUUUCGAACAGCGAUGGGAUGCCGAUGCAAACUAUGCUAUUCGGCAGCGCAAGAAUAACAACAACAAAAAGAACAAGAAGCGCAAACAACGUGACUGGCAGCAAGAUGAAGCGUACGAGAGCUACCAAGACACUACACUAAACGAAAACGAAGCGGAUGGAGGCACUACGUUGAAUUACGACGAUCCACCUGUAUCAGCUCAAGAGGAGAAGAUUAUACAAAAAGAAAAUCAGGAGGUCAAUGUGAAUGGCGAUGCGGACGACUUGCCCGAACUGCCAAGCGAUGUCACUGCGUUGCCUGUCAUGACCGACAAUGAAGUCAAAGUUGGCUCCAUCAUCGCCUUUAAACAUUUACUCAUGUCCAAGGCGACGAAUUGGCAGCCGCAGAUCUCCGAUUACAAGGUUGCCCGGAUUGAUAAGAUUUAUGACAAUGGUACUUUUGACAUGAUCCUUGCAAAACGUGAUCGUGAAGUUUAUGAGCAAACUGAGGUGGACGAAGACGGCGUGCGCGAAUAUUCUGGCUUCGAGAUGCCAGACGACGAGCAUGAUGUCGAGGAUGACGGUCUUCGAAGCGUAACGUUUGCAGAUCUAUUAGAACCAAAGAUGAUCAAGGCGGCUGUUGUGAAGGAAUCCGACCAGAGUCAACAGGAAGAGGGGUUGACGAAUGGAAAGGAUGAAACAAGCCUAUUAAACCAUCCUCCUACUCCAUCCGCUCCUGUCGUAUCUGCUGGUAGCAACGCAGCAUCCGUAGACGAAGUCGAAGUUCAAGACAAGGACGAACCCGAUCUACCGCCUCCCCUCGCAGCACCAUCAUCACAAACCCGACUCAAAAUGUCACACAUGAUCCACGACGCGGGCUUUCGAUCCACAAUCGACUCUGAGCUGGAAAAAGAGCCGGUCGUGCUAGAAACAUUCGACGAUAAGUCGAGAGAAGACUCUGCAAUUGAGAUGCAGAGUAAAGCUGCAGCUGAUGAUAAGGGUGCAGAUUCGAAUAAUGAAGAAUUUGGGUCGAGUCCGCCUAAUGUUGAAGACCAGCAUGACGAGGUAGAAGAAAGCCAGGUGGUGGAUCAAGGGGAUGAUACGGCGAUGGAUGAUGUGGAUGAUGCUGGAUUUCAGAUGGAUGCCGACGAUGAUUUUGUCAUGGAUGAUCAAAAUAGUCAAGCUGGUGACUACUCGGAUGACGAUGUAUCCUUGCCUCGAAAUGAUACUGAAAAGAGGCAUGACAAUAAGUUACCUGCGGACGAGACAGCUGGUUCGAAGGCGGGGGAAACCCCAGAUUCGCAGCCCUCCCAACAAAAUGCGUUGCGAAUAGUGAAGCAGGAAUUAGGUCAGCAAAGAGCAGCUGAAAGAGAAGCAGAGAGGUCGUUUCAGAAUACUACAGUCCGAGGCAACACUCGAUCAUUCACCGAACCGGCUAUCCUCGAUGACGGGGCUUAUGGUGACGAAGAUGACGACGCGUCUGAAUAUGUCGAUGCAUAUUCCACUGUCUCUGAUACAUUCUACAAGCGGGACAUGGCUGCCAUGAAAAGGGAGAAAGCCAAAGCCAAAGCCACUUACGAAGAGGAGGACCGUCUUGUUGAGACGCCGUCUUUUAACAUGCCCAAAAGCAAUCAAGAAGCCAACAACGUCACUGAUUACACUCCGGGAUCGGUCGAAAAGAAGAAUACCAAUAACAAUAUCGAUUUCGAUCUAGGUUUUCUUGACGACAAUAGAGAAGAAAGUGAGGACUCGGAUGUUGAUUUUCCGGAUAUCGAGGUGUUGUGGGCUUCUACGGCGCCGACGCAAAGGGAGUUCUCGCCGAUUAAAAUGGAGUCGGAGACGGCGAGUCAUUUGCCAAAGUCGUCGGCUCGUCAGUCGAGUGAUAAUGAAUCGUCUCUCAAUGGGCCGAUUGAUAGUGCUGCGAAGGAUMCCCCCGCCGCACAACAGAAGCAGCCGGAGCCGAGCCAACAGCAGGCUGUUGGUGAAUCGAAUUCAAGAAGAGAUAUUGAAGAMCCCGCCAAUGACGAUAACAAAAAUAACGCCGAUAACGAAACACAAUCUCCCUCCCCCUUCGAUCCCGACCUCGACUUUGACGGCUCCCAACACGACACAAACGACAACGACAACGCCGACAUAAAUCUCGACAACAACGACUCCGACGAUCAAUACCAACMCUCCGCCGACAACAACAGUCACCCAGAGUUCCAGCCACAAGACCAACAAGAAGAGUCCCAAGACCACUCCAUCCCCAUGGUCGAUCUGACCGUCUCCAGCCCCUUAGUCUCACCAGACGACAGCGACGACGAAGAUUUCGCGAGAUCAAAGCGUCUUCCCAAGGGGCCGGGGUGGGUGAAGAAGAAUGUGCCUGAGACUAGAAGGCAGACGAGGUCGUCGGCGGGUGGAGCAAUUAUGUUGAGUUCGAGUGUGAGUCCGCAGCCGGCGCGGAGGAGGGGCGGGAGACUGGUUCAGUCUCAAUACUGA